AGAAGCUUGUUGAUUGUCUUCCCUUGCCGCCUUCGAGUGGAUCGGCGUCAUUCCAUCGACCACGAUCGCCAUCGCACCAUCGCAUAGCCUGUCACGCGGUAGGAAUGAUCUGGCAGCUAGAUGCUGGUCCGCAGAGAGAAUGAGCGACCACAGGGGAUACUCUAGAUCGGCGCUAUGCAAAGUCAGUCGCUCCUCGAGACGCCAUCCACCUUAGGCGCGCUAUGGUGUGGUCUCCGUCCCCGGUGGCUACGGCAUCCUCCUCUUUCCCGUGAUCCCACAUCAAAACCUCUUCUUACUAGUAGCAUUCGCUUCUUUCUCUCGCAACCCACAAGCACGAAGACCCGUCGUCAAUCAUCGAUACCUAUACUGGCAUCUGGAUAUCUACACGGCGAGAUGUACCCAAAAAUCAAGUACGGACGAGUCCCAAAUGACCUUUCCGACGACUCUGAUGAGCCGACGCCUCGUUUCCUUCGCGCUCCGGGCAAACGUCCAGCAUGCACAUACACCCUCGUUUUUGUACUCAUCUGUUCUCUCGUGACUUCCAAUGCCCUUACUUGGUUCUGCACUGCGAAGUUAUGGAGAUCCAAUGAUGUCCAGAGAGCCACUGAUGCUGGGGAGAUGGUUCAUGUCGAAGAUGGCUUGGGACUGCCUACUUCGCGUUCGACAUAUGCUGGUCUCGUCGACGACACCACGGCUCUCUUAGAAUCCCACACUCCAUACACCGAUCACAAUGAUACUUUGCGUGACCAGAUGUGGCUCGAUAUGGAUUUAGACGCCGGGAUGGUAGCCCUGGAUGAUGCUGAUACGGCACGCUGGGGCUUGCCAGAGGGGCAAAGGUUCCCCUGGGACGACUCCAAGAGCAUCUACCUCUUACAAGCUCACCACAGUCUACACUGCGCGCGCUCCAUCUACAUUUCUCUCAUGGAAUAUCGUAAAGGACUUCGACAGAGCCGAAGACAUUCGCAUAUCAUUCAUUGUCUCGAUACACUACGUUCCGACACACUUUGUUAUGCAGACGAUACUCCGAGAAGGACGAGCGGCGAUAUUCAUCACGAGGGAGAGACUGGCUAUGGGCAAUACCGCAAAUGUCGCAACUUUGACAAGCUGGAUAACUGGGCCAAGCAACACACGGCCUGCUUCCGCUACGACCACGAGGCCGAAGGUAACGCCUAUCCGGAGAUCCAGAGGUUCGUAUGGUGCCCUGAGGGAAGCCCAUAUCGGAAGGAAGUUGACAAAUACUUCGUGGUCGACUACGAUACCCCAAGGGGUAAUGGUAUCAUUUGAGACGGGCAGUGGCUCAGAGAAGUCAGGAGCUUUGAGGUGUUGACAUGUGGUAAUCAUAUGAAAACAUGUAGUUUGGGGCUGAGGAGGAGGAGCCGUGGUUCACAAUAGGAAACAGUCCUAGAUUUCGACCUUGGAUGUGAUGCUGGAUGUAAAGACAGUUAGCAAAGGAGAGUAGAGUUAUAGAAUGUUAGAAACGAUCUCCUUACUUUAUAUCAGUUUUGUGCGAGAAUUAUACAACACCCCAUAACCUAGAUUAAUACAAAAGGGACC